AUGGAUAUUGGAAGAAGGAAUACUCGAAAAUACGAUUUCAGAUGUCCCGAUCUCAUGGAAUUAAGGAAGCUAGUAUCUUUUUCGGAUGAUCCUAAAGGUUUCAGAGGCCUUUUUGGAAGAAUUUUAUUUGUUCUAUCUACUGAUGUCGAGGAUGGUCUUCUUUAUACUCUAGUUCAUUUCUAUGAUCCUGUUUACCGUUGUUUCACUUUCCCCGAUUAUCAGUUGUUACCCAUCAUGGAGGAGUAUUCUUAUCUUUUGGGUAUACCAAUUUCUGAUAGAGUUCCUUUCGGUGGGAUGGAAGGAAUUCUUGAGUCUCGAGUUAUUGCCGAAGUCGUUCAUCUAAGGAAGUCUGACAUAGAUGCCAAUCUCACUAUCGAAGGAGGCAUCAGAGGGAAUCUGGUUGCAACUUUUCUCGGUAAUGCUGAUUUCUCCAUUCAUCAUUGGACUUUUAAAGGAAGUGGAACUAUUGCCUUCCCUCAUCUUCAAAGAAAACAAGGAUUGUUUAAGGCGGUCUCAAAGACUUAUUCUCUCACCAAUGAUGACAUAGCUUGGUAUUCUUCUAUUUAUGAUGAUGUUGAGAUUAUUGAUAGUUGUGGGGAGUUCUCUAAUGUUCCUCUUCUUGGUACGAAAGGGGGAAUCAACUACAAUCCCGCUUUGGCAAGAUGUCAACUUGGGUUCUCUAUGAAGGACAAACUUAAUAACACUUUGUUAGAAGGUUUAUUUUUCCAGGAAGGGAAAGACACUCAAGGGUUGAAAGCAAGGAUGAUAUGUCUUUGGCAUAAUGCUCAUAGGAAAGGAAAAAAUGAGCUUGGAUUGAAGAAUUAUAAGUUGUCUCACUGGAACAAUACUCGAGAUAAUCAGUUGAAUAAGAUGGAAUGCCUAGAGCAAGAGAAUCGUGAACUCCAUGAAGAGGUGACAUCCUUGAGGGACAUCUAUGAGAGGCUUACUAUUAUGAUGGAAGCUUCGGCGGCUGCUCAGAAUCAACCUCCACCUCCUCAUACUCCGCUUUAA